AGAAACAGAUACAGUCGAGAUAAGAAGAAGAUCAAGAAUGCUACGGUCAGUGGAACAGAAACAGAUUCUGUGACAGAUACUAAGAAAGAAACAGAAUUAUUUCUCUAUUUGGAAUGGCUUGAGCCAUACAUACAACCACGAAGUAGUACAAGUAAUUUGGUAGUCAUCAAUGAUGACCUCACAGCUGAUAGCACUGAUAAAGAUGGCGACUGUGACAGGUCAUCAAAUUCAGCAGAACCUGACAACAAAGUGACGUUCAAGUCCCAGGUUACUGGUCGUACAAAGUACACAAAGCGUAAUACGGCAAAGGAUGAUGUUGACAAUGCUGAGUUGGAAUUCCUCCAGACAAUUGAAGACAGGCUCAAGGAAAAGCCAACACAACCCCAAAGAGAUGGAGAAAGAAUUUUUAGUGAUUUGAUUGCAUCUCAACUUCAUCAGUUGCCAUACCAUGAGAGGGUCAUGGCCAAAAUGGAAAUAAGUAAUGUGCUCUAUUCUCGUUUGCUAAGAAAGAAUUCUAAC